GGACAUCUUAUGAUAUUUUUUGUAUUAUCUCUAAAGCCAAAACACAUCUGUCCAUGGACGCUGUUGCUGUCCUCCUCCCGUAACGGAUUAUUAAAACCACUGGCGUUUAUUUGUGUUAGAUGAAUGUUCCUGACUGCAGGCUUUGAUUUGUAGUUGGUGUAAUCCUGUUAACAGGAAUAAAGCCACUGAUGCCUGAUUGAUUAUCCGCUGCAGCAAAGGAUAAUAAAGGCUCCGUUCACAUGCCGGGUAAACAUCCCCUCCCUCUUGAAAUGCUGUUGAAUUACUCUCCUGCCAUUCAAACAGUCAGUAAGAGAAACAGAAUAGUGCACAUAUGUUUACACCACGCCGCAUGCAUUAUAUAUGAAUUAUAUUGAGAUUGAAAUGAAAGGAUACCUGUGACCGGUCAGUGGCGUUGUGUCCUGUGUCCAACAGCCCACAGGUUACCGGUGUUGAGUCGAUGAUAUGUGUUUAUGUCCAGUGUGGACCUUCCUGUCCCACACACACACACACACACACACACACACUCACCCCUCAGCGUCUCCUGUAACUGGACCGCAGACGUGGGGUGGAGGGUUGUGACAGAAAUAAACACGUGAUGACGCCCCAUGCCACUGCUCAGUCCCACCGACUACGACUCACACACACAUAUACGUGCACUCCCGCAUAUUCUACCUCAGCUCGCAGCCGUCGUAGGGAACCCGGAGACAUGGCGGGGCUGCUGUGUGGGACCAAGAGGAAGAAACAAGUGAGUGAUCUCCGUGAGGAGGGGAAGAAUGCCAUCAAUGCUCCCAUGCUUCCCACGGGGACAGACAUCCACCCGGAGGACACACUGCUGGAGGAAAACGCGGAGAGGAUCAUGUUGGACCCGACGUCGCGGGAAAAUCUUAAAUUUAAAGAUCUGCUGAAGGUCCUGAUCGACUGGAUCAACAGUGAGUUGGAGGAAGACAGGAUCAUCGUCAAAGACCUGGAGGAGGACUGCUAUGAUGGACAGGUGCUCCAGAAGUUAUUUGAAAAGUUGUCGGGCAGGAAGCUGAACGUGGCCGAGGUGACCCAGUCGGAGAUCGGCCAAAAGCAGAAGCUUCAGACGGUUUUGGAGGCCGUCAACGAGCUGCUGCGGCCUCACGGCUGGACGCUUGAGUGGAGUGUGGACUCUAUCCAUUCAAAGAACCUGGUGGCGAUUGUCUAUCUGCUGGUGGCGCUCGCCAUGCACUUCCUGGCUCCCAUCAGGCUGCCGGAGCACGUCUCUGUGAAGGUGGUGGUUGUCAAGAAACGAGAGGGGAUCCUGCAGACUGCUGUUGUGACCAAGGAGCUGACGAGCACCACCGAAAUGAUGAUGGGAAGGUUUGAGAGGGACGCGUUUGACACUUUGUUGGAUCACGCACCGGACAAGCUCAACGUGGUGAAAACGUCUCUCAUCACCUUCGUGAACAAACACCUGAACAAGCUGAACCUGGAAGUCACUGAGCUGGAAUCUCAGUUUGCUGAUGGUGUGUACCUGAUAUUGCUGAUGGGGCUGCUCGAGGACUACUUUGUCCCUCUGUACAACUUCUUCCUCACCCCUGAGAGCUUCGAACAGAAGGUCCACAAUGUGGCGUUUGCCUUUGAGCUGAUGCAGGAUGGAGGCCUGAAGAAACCCAAAGCCAGACCAGAAGAUGUUGUCAACCUGAAUCUAAAAUCCACCCUCAGAGUCCUCUACAACCUGUUCACCAACUACAAAAACUCUGACUGAGCAUUUCCUGUUUCACGCCCUGACAUCACUCCCGAUCCCUGUUCCCGCGCUGAUGUUACGCUGUACGGUCCGGACACUGGAGGAGACCAACUGGGACUGAAAGUCAUCAUUAUGUGGGACUUGUAAAGAGCCGCGGCGAAGUAGCCCCAAAAAAAAAAGGCUCUGAAUGUUCGUAUUUUAUCUUCUCCAAAAUGUCAGUAUUUAUUUAUUCCUUCCUUGAAUGUUAAAUUCAACCCAGGAAACCCUGCGACCUUUAGUCUGUAUUGAGUCCUCAGCCGGCACAAGAAUAAUGAAUAAGCAAGGCCGGAUGUUGAAACUGGAAAACAUUUCUGUGUUAACUCCAGAAUAUUUAAGAAAGUUUAACAAACAUGGUUAUAUAUUAUAUAGUAUAACAAAUGAAGUCGUGUAAAUAUUCUAAGAAUAGUUUUUGGAAAGACAUAUAUUUGCUUUCUUGCCAAGCGUGUGAUGAGGAGAUUAAUACCAAGCUCAUGUUGGAAUGAUAAAUAUUAAACUCAUUUUAGAGCCGGCAGACGGUUUUCUUAGCUUAGCAUAGAGACAGGAAACGGGGAAAAUGCUCGUCGGAUAACAAUCUGCGUAAAACUCAAGUAACACAUUUUGUAUUGCUUUUUUAAAAAUCGGUUGAAAAAGAAAAGUGUCCAAACAACAAUAACUAUGGAUAACAUUUAAAAAAUGUCAGGUUGGACAAUAAUACUGUCCACCAGGUGUCUUUAUUGUAUACAUACAUUUUGGACAUAAGUGCCGUUAAACCUGGAGAUCGUUUCAAUGGAAUUGCUAAGCAACAGCUUGGGUCCAUGUUUACUUCCCUUCAGUCAGCUGAUGCCAUUCACAUACACCGGAGCAAGGCGUGUGGUUUGUAGCCCUGCAAAAGGAAAUGCUCUGGAGCUCAUCUUGAACGAAAAUGUUCUAUAAAGUUCAUUUAAAAAUGCUCAAAAACCACAUCCAAUCGCACCAUAACUGUCCAUUAGAGUCGGAAGCUGAGAUGGCUUCGCUGAUACUCUGCUAAGCUGGUAUCGUUAGCAGGAGUUUAAUAUAAUAGCCUUUUCUUUUUUUUGCAAAUAACAGCUAGGGGAAAAACUACAUUUUUCCUAAAGUAAAUUGAGUUUUAGCUUUAGCUAAGCAUAACUGUGACUAUCUCACAAACUAGAUUUGAGAUGGUUUUAAUUCAUACAUUUUCUUUUAGCUUUGAGAUGACGUCGCUCUCUUUCUUUAGCGGUCUCGUUGGUAACAGUUUCGUUUUUAGCUCUGCUUUGGAGAAACAUGAUGUUAAAAUCUGAAACUGAUAACUCGUGACAACAUCAAUGAAUUAUUGAUAUAAUAUAUAGUCUACAGAUUCAUAUUAAUAUGUACCCUAUACCUUCUCCCAAUCUCAGCUGGGAUCGGCUCCAGCGCCCCGCGACCUCAAAUAGAAUAAGCGGUUUGGAUACUGCAGUGGAAUUAAUAAUAUUAAUGAAUGAAUUAGUUUUUCCGUUGUUUCCCCCGGCUUCCAUCUUAAUGCUAAGCUAAGCUAACUAGCGGCUGGCUCUGAUUUCAUAUUUGUCCACUCGUUGUUGGGUGUUAUCGAUCUUCUCCCGCUGCCUAACUCUUGCCAAGAAAAGCCAAUGUGCAUUCUUCCCCAAAACUAUUCCUCCUGUUACCUUCGGGUCAAUUUGACGCCAUUCAAUGUUUAACCCUCCUGUUACCUUUAUAUUUACUGACAUAUUUUACCCUCUGGGUCAAUUUGACCCCAGCAAUUAAAACCUCCAGAAAAUUAUUAGAAUUAAUAUUGUUUUCCAAGUUUAAGUGUGAUGUACUUUAUGUUUGUUUGUUGACUACCUAAAUAGCCCUUAUAUAUACAAAAGUUGAUAUUUCUUAUAUGUUUGACACAGUGAAAAACAGCCUGGGGUCAAAUUGACCCCAAAGAACACCGACAUUAAACAUUGAAUGGGGUCAAAUUGACCCGAAAGGUAACAGGAGGGUUAAGAAACUUUAAAUUGCUCUAUAUUCUAGAAUAUCUGAAAAUACGUUGUAUAUUCUCACUACAUACUUGACAGCUGAAGGAACUGUGGCCGAUCCUCUUUUUACUCUGAACUAUGCACACCAUAAGCCAUAUUUAAAAGUCAAUGCUGUUGCCUUAAGUGCAGCGGGCUCUCUCCGUCCCGGGAGAGCUCCAGCCAGAGUAUCUUCGUAUUCACCGGCCUUUCAUCGGGGUCUCCGAGGAGGCCCGGACCCCACACUGCUCUUCUGAAGCGGCCCGCGGAGCCACCUGGAGACCGGCUAAGAUGUACAGUGGACGACUUGUGCAUUUUAGAGCCGGGUCUGAAUUAUUAAGAGAGUGGAUGACUCAAUCUAAACCGAGCUCGCGCUGGAUGUCUCACUCCUCUGUGUGUGUGUGUGUGCGUUUUCAAUUCUUUUAAUUUUGCCUAUCAAGAAAUAAAUGGCUGAAAUCAAA